UCCUGAUUGACAAUGGAUUCGCAGUCUUGGACAACGAGUCCAUUGAAAGACACAUAAUGAAGAACAUCCCGGGAGGACACAACCUUUUUGUGCAAAACAUGGAAGUUGCCAAGAAGAUUGAGAACGUUUAUAAUAAAUUCAAGUUGUACCUCACCAAGAGGGAUGAAGCCAGCAAGAACAUCUUGAUGGGGCACUUGAGGAAGAUUGAUGAACAUCUCGGUCGGAGUGGGACUCGCUUCCUCACUGGAGACACCAUGUGCUGCUUUGACUGCGAAUUGAUGCCCAGACUGCAGCACAUUCGCGUAGCUGGCAAACACUUCUUGGAUUUCGAGAUCGACCCAAAUUUGUUGGAUUUGUGGCGAUACAUGGCAACGAUGUACAACCUGGAUGCGUUUAUUCAGAGCUGUCCAGCGGACCAGGAUAUCAUCAAUCACUACAAACUGCAGCAGGGUGUGAAAAUGAAGAAGCACGAGGAGCUGGAAACCCCGACUUUCACAACAUCCACGCCAAUUGCCGCAGGGCACUGAAAAGCCCCUUUGAAAUCGAAGCUGAUGAAGUAACCAGCAAAAAAAUACUCGACAUGACAGGUCGACAAUAAUUUCGUUAGUUUCUACGGAAAACAAAUUUUUUUGCAUGGCUGCGUUAAAGAGUUUUGAUUGAAAGGUCGUGUCCUAAUAAUUGAUGCUGGUAUGUCUUCCGGGAAGCAUCCAGUUCCUCAAGUUUCUCUAGAGAUUUGAAAGUAGCGAGAGAAAGAAGUAAGUCUUAUAUCAAUUGGCGCUCGAAUCGGGUUUGCUUUAAAGUGGUGUAUGUUUCGCUUUUUCAAACGUUUGGCAUCUUGAUGAAGGUCCAGUGAGCGCCAGGGGGAAUUCAGAGUACAGAUUAAUUCCUACAAUAAUCUUAUGCAAUGCUGAAUCUUUCUAUGACUCAAACUUAGAUAUAUGUGAACCCCUCUCUUUUAUGUUGCAAUAUCGUCCCAAUUGGUGUCUGUAGUAAGAAAGACGUUGAAUUGGCUGGUACUCGGUUCCCCUUGGUGCUCAGUUGUUGAGUGGUCAUGCAUGAAGAGAGCUUCUAUUCCUAGGGUUUUUUUUUUUACUAAACUUAAUGCUUUCAGCCAAGUCAGCGUGGUUAAUCUCACGGUGGUAUUCUCGAUAAUUUGCUGCUUGCCUUAGUAUGCAAUUUACUUCAGUGGAAUUUCAAGUUUAUUUGUUUCGUUUUCUCUUAGGAGUUUAUUGUCAGUUAAAAUGGACCACCUAUGUAAGAACCUAGUCCAUUCGCUUGCGAAACGCUCACAAUUUUCUGUACUUUGAAAGGUGUAUAGUAGUGUCCAGUCUGAGGAGGGGAGAGGAAAAAAGUUUGAGAGGCAUUCUGAAAAAACCCCUGUUCUAUUCCCUGUACUUUCCGCGUGGUUUACAAUUUUCACAGCCCCAACUUUUUGGUACCCCGGGGGAGAUGGAAAUCGGGGUUGAAACGUUAUUCGAGUUACCCUGAAGCCACCGGGUUCUACUUUCCGUGAUGCUGUGGCGAUGUGAAAUGGUAUUUUGCUGAGUGCUUGAUGUGCAGUUCCUCGGCGUGCCUUCUUUUGAUUCCGAGAAGAAAUGUACUCAAAUCUUUCCUCCAA